AUGUCGAUCAAGCCUGGUAGAGCAUUGCGAACAGAGCAAACGACCGGCUGUGAUCAAACGACCGGCUGUGAUCAAACGACCGCCACCGUAGAGAGUGGUGGUUUUGGCGUUUUCUCGGGGGCGGCGAACGGUUCGAGAGACCAUCUUUUGAUGAGGAGCUUGGCUUUCCGGUUAGCCUCUGGACCGAGCAGGAAAGGCCGUGGACACUAG